GUUGUGGCGCGUGCAGUUCCAAGGAAUCCGGAGUCCACCUCAACGCUUCUUGUACGUGGAUUCCCGAGGCAGGAAAGCGUGUGCGCGCACGUAACAAUAAUAAUCAUCGUCGUCGUCAUCGUCGGCAUACAUACGAGUAUAUCCCGUUGACCGGCGUCCACCACGGCAGCGGCGACCCACACUGCGCAACGCGAUGCGGCCGCACAAACCGUCGAACGUGUACAGUUAUCGUAAUAACGUCCGCGUUGGCGGUGGUGAACACGUCGUGGCCGCGCGCGUUUAAUAAAUAAUAACAAUGAAAAAAAUAACAAUAAUAACGACAACGAUCAAUUCAUUUAUGUGGGCCGAAGACGAGGACGGAAUGCAUGAUUUGACGGUCUCUCGCCGACAAUCGUAGACACGUACGGAUGUACGAUUGUCGUCGCGUAUUCCGACCGCGAGUUGUCACGACGCGCGCGAGAGCGAUUGCCGAAUGAACGUGCUCGACACGAUGACCCGGUAAGUAACACGUGGUGGUGAAUCGCAAUCGACCGCGCUUUGUCACGCUGACGAGUGCCGAAAAGCCGCCCAGGCGCCGCAGUCGUAGCGCACACGCUCGUCGUCCGCGCAACGGUCCGGCCGCAGUCACAGUCGACACGUAUCCGUCGCACGCCCGACCCGUCUGCUCCGACCGCGCACCGUGUUCGGUUCCCAUCCCGUGCCGAAAGCCGAUCGUCCCCGACUUCCGAUCCCGUCCUACGUGCUAUGCGUGACGACGCCCGUCACGGCUAGUCUGGAAAUGCGGUGGUGGCCCGUUUGCACGUGGUUGCUGCUGGCCGCGUCGUCGGCGGAACGCGCCGCGACGACCGCCGGCCUAGUCCGGGACGAAGGGCUGUUCCAGGGAUUGCCAGCGACCAUCGCCCGUGCGCUGAACCGCAUACGCGGGUCAAAACGCGACUAUCACUUGGUGGAUGACUUUUGGUUGGAAGCGCUGCCCGAAAACACCCCCGGUUCCAACCCGAAGAGAUCGGCAUUCAAGUCUCCACCUAGCGGCCUCGUCGAUCUGGCCGACAGCGUUUUUGACACCCAUCGAUUGUCAUGGCACAAUUCCCCGGUGCAGGGAUUGGAUUUCAACAUGUACAAAGAUCACACGCAGCAAUACGUGUUCGAUAUGACCCGGCAGAAAGAAAAUUCGCACCAUACAGUCACUCGAACUUUUGGUUUCCAACGCCGACGGCUGCAACUCAUCAUGUUACCGGUAAUGUAUAAAUUGGGAGUGAUCACCACACUGUUGACCGGUCUGACGGUGCUCAGCCUCAAAGGCGUGACUAUUGGUGUGAUACUGCUCAUGUUGGCCAUUACCAGCGUAGUGGCAAAACUGUCCAAGCACAAUCAUUACGCCGCCUCGUACGCGAUGUCCCCGUGGUCCGGCCCCGAUCCUUUCGACCGUUCCUCUGUGGUGCAGCACCAACAACUGCAGGACAAAAACAUACACGUGCACGUGCACACCGCGCCCGGAGGUCCAACAUUGCCGUCCGACGUGGUGUUGAGGAGCCAGCCACCGUACGACGGAUACGACCGCACCGCGGACGACAACAACGGGCCCUAUUGGAAUCGCGCCAACGAUGAAUAUUACGAUGCUGCAAUGAACCACUACUAUCGCAAUAACCAUAGGUUUAGCGACAGAGACGUCACCGAGUCCACAACCGCCAGUGCCUAUCACCGGUGGUUAGGGUAAAUAAUAUGGUGUACGGUCGAGUCGUGAUAACGCUGGCCCGAAAAGGGAGUGACUAACAUUUGAGUUAUUUAGAAAAAUUUACGUUACGAUACGUAACAUUUUCUGUAUUAUUUUUCUUAUCAAGGGACCUAAAUAGUGAUUGGAGUUUUAGAGAUGGUAUAGAGUUAUCAAAAUUCGAAUUACCACGACCCCACUCUAUUAUACCUAAAGAUGUUAAACCAUGACAAUUUGCUCCUUUUAAUUUAAUAAUUUUACUUGUAUACAUAUAAACAAAUAUUUAUGAUUAUUGUACAGCAGAAUAUAAUAGUUUGAGUUAGGUACUCUUA